GGACGGAAAUGAUUCGACACCGGCACGAUCAGGUUUCCACCAAUCGGAGAAUGAUUUGGACAUCAGAUAUCAAGCAGGACCUUGGAUUCUGUAUGCCGUCGUUUGCUACACAGCUACACAGCUACACAGGCAACUGAGACCAUUCGGUCACGACCGAAACUUGGAUUCAAGCACUAUCCUUAGCAACAUCGUCCCGAUGGCGCCAAUUGAGGCCCCCAAGCUGACACACGUUUUCGACCUGACUGUCAUCGGCCCACCAGGGUUUGCGUCAGAAGGCACUCAACACUCGGCUACAAGUGUAGCUCAUGUCUACAGGGGGUCUUUGGUAUCUGCAGAUGGAAGCAUCAAUCUCGAAUUGAAGGCUGGGAGUGAUUGGAUGACGUUACAUGAGGGUUAUGCGCACAUGGACGCGCGAGUGUCGUGCGCCUCGCCUGCAGAGUCCCAACCACAGCUUCAGUGCGACAUCCGUUAUCUCGGAGUAUGUGCAUUCGACGGGCCAAUGCUGGAUUUGUGGAAAGGAAAGCAGGAAUCGAUCGACUUUGGCGAGGCGUACUACUAUACUCAGCCCAUGCUUUCGAGCAGAAGCGAGGCAUUGGCAUGGGUCAAUAGAACAGUUUUUAUAGCGAUGGGCAAGCUAUUUGUGCGAUCUGACGGCGAUGUUGAAGCUGUCUACAGGAUGUUCAAGGUUGGGUAG